AUGACUGACAUUUCUGGACAAUGUAUUGGAGCUUACAAUGGCUUUUCUGAUGGAUUAGCUUGGGGACCUGGAAUAGUAAGGGAAGGAGCUCCAUGGGCACCAGCUUAUACUCCAUUAGGCGCCCCAUGCUCUGAAUUUGGUCUUGGCAUUGGACCUGCCAAUCUUGCUGCAUCUAACGGACCCGGUCUUGCAGUAACCAGCGCUUCUCCUAUUGCACCCACUGGAGUCGCUAUGACAUCAGAAAAUGCUUACGAGGGUAUGCUAGCUGUAACUGGUGCUUUGCCAUUCUUAGCUGCUGUAUCCUUGGAAGGAGUUCUGCCAACAGCUGGAGCAGGCGCUGUUACAUACAGUUGUGGUAAUGGCAACGUUGGUAUAACUAAUGAGGACAUUACUCCUGGUUACAUUAAUGGUCCACUUGGUUAUCGGGCGGAAAUAGGCGCACCAUUAGCGUAUAACGGUUUGCCUGGAUCUUAUGGCUUUGAAGCUGAUUUAAUCAGACCAGGUUUCGGCUUUGGUGGAUGUGGAUGUGGUGCUAGGUUGUAA